GUCCAGUCCCUCUCAACCCUGUCCAUUCUGCAUCAGGUACUGGUAUUUUGUCAGUCAACCGUCGGUGUAGAAAGCAAGAUAUGAGUCCUUUCAAGAGGGAAGAGGCCAGUUUGUUAUCACAUCUCCACAAAACGGAAAGAGACUACCCUGAGCUCAUGAAAGUCCCACCCCCUGUGCUUGCAGCAACUUUGGAACCAGACUUYCUGGUUGUUCCUGGUAACAGCUACUUCUCGGACAGUCCUCCYUCCUCAGUAGGGCUGCGUGAAACCCACGUCCAGCAUGAACGAAAAUGCAGUGAAACUCGUGCUUCAACAGUUAUUGAAGUUAAAAAAGAACACAUUGACAACACGGUCGAACCSCGAAGAUCAUCGUCAGGGAGCAGCUCGUUCUCUCAAACCUCAGACUCAUCUUCACGGAGCCCUUCGGAGUCUUCAGAAAAACCUUCAAGUAUGGAUGCCCAAAAAAGGCAAGACACAGCGUGUGACAUUGAAAGCCACAUUAAUAAGAUAAGUGAUCCUGAGAAUAUUUCUCGUGAUCAACAGUCUCAUUCAAACGGAGUGUCAAGUAAGUCCAAUAGUGGUGCAACACCGUUGGAUUCACAAGUAACGGAAAGUACACCAUCAAGGUUAUCCCUGCUUAACUCAAAUGCUUUAGAACCUACAUCACCUUCGCAACUAUCUCCUAAAAAGUCUCCAGUGCGUUUGAUAAAAGUUUCCCCCUUGAAUUCAGMUAUUUCAGGUAAUAGUGGGGUUGAACUUCGACGGCCUUCAUUAGAAUACACUACGAACCAUGGAAUUGUACGGAUAUCAAGUGCGACGUCAAUGACAUCKCCUAUGACGUCACCAAAACAUGUGUCUUUGGAAUCUUCRACGUUUUCUAACAAUAUGCUUAAAAACGCGGUUACCUCUUAUGUCAAUAGUGACAACUCUGAUGUACAAAUGGUAACGACCUACUCUGUCGCUCAAAUUAGUAACACGGAYGAUCGCGAAUGUACUUCACCUUCGAAAAGGCCGAAUAUCCUAUCGAAAAACCGAAAUCAAAACAAAAAAGACAUUCCUCAAGGAAUAGUUGUUCUUGUUCCUACUAUCGAAGACGCCAAGCAACUUAUUAAGUCAUCGGGAGGUAAUCAGAGUAAGACGCCAGUUUUGGUGCCCCAAAAUGUUCUCAAUCAAAUCAGUUCCAAUGGGGAAUCCUCAAAAACAAAUGCGGAUUCUCGUGUAAGGAGUCCUUUUGUAGAAAAACGACCACAGUAUGCAGAUAGCAGCUUGUCAUAUUCACGAUCGAAAAGAGGUCUUAGUGAGUCUAUGGUAAUUGAUUAAUGAGGUAUAUAUGGAAGACUAUA